AUGAACCGGCGGCCGGAGCUCUGCAGGAACUACCAGCGCGGCAGCUGCAAGUACGGGGCGCAGUGCAGGUUCGUGCACUCCAACUCCAACCAACAGCAGCAGCAGCAGGCGAAGCCCAACCCCUUCGGGUUCGGCGCCGGGGGCAGGCAGCAGCCGCAGCAGCAGUCGUUCGGUGCGCAGUCCCAGCAGCAGCAGCAGCAGCAGCAGAAGCCCAACCCGUUCGGGUUCGGAGUGCAAGGCGGUGCCGCCCAGCAGCGGAACGAGCCUGGCCCGGCAAAGCCUUUUCAAAAUAAGUGGGUGAGGGAUCCCUCGGCGCCGCCGACAAAGCAAGCGGAGGCGCAGCCAGCACCGCAGGCGGCCCACACAUCCUGUGCAGACCCCGAGUCCUGCAGGCAACAGAUAUCUGAUGAUUUCAAGAAUGAGGCUCCCCUGUGGAAGCUUACUUGUUAUGCUCAUCUCAGAAGUGGUCCUUGUGACAUUACGGGGGAUAUUAGCUACGAGGAGCUGAGAGCUAAAGCAUACGAAGAGGGCAAACAAGGGAAGCCUAUGCAGUCAAUAGUUGAAGGAGAAAGGAAUCUACAAAAUGCAAAGUUGGCGGAGUUCACUAAUUUGCUGAACAAGGCACGUGCAACACCAAGCUUUCCUACUGCAGGCUCCUUCCCAGAAGUGAAAAAUAACUCAACCUUUGGGAGUUCUCAAACUAAUGGACCACCUGUGUUUAGUAGUUUCAAUCAACUUGGAGCAGCAACAAAUUUCGGAUCUGGGCCAAGAACUGCCACACCAGGAGUUCCAAUGAAUACCAUUUUCGGUCAGCCUACACAGUCUACUCCAUCGUUUGGUGCCCCUGCUUUUGGCAGUACUGGAAUGAGAUUUGGAGUUCCAGUUGGGAGCCAGACAUCAAAGCAAUCAUUUGGGAGUUACCAAGGCUCGAGCAUGUCCAGCAACAGCAAUUUUCAGAACUCUACUUCGUCUGGCCAUCACAGAGACAUUGAUAAGCAGUCAGUGGAGUUACUUAAUGGGAUGACACCUCGUACAAGUGCCAUGGACCAGGCAGCUGUUGAAGCCAGUAGAAACGAAAAGCAGGAUGAUAGCAUUUGGCUGAAGGAAAAAUGGGAAAUUGGACAGAUACCGCUGGAUGAACCGCCAGCGAGGCAUGUUAGCCAUGUAUUUUAA